AUGAGCUCCUACUUCGUCAACCCCCUGUUCUCCAAGUACAAAGGCGGCGAGUCCCUGGAGCCGGCCUACUACGACUGCCGGUUCCCCCAGAGCGUGGGCAGGAGCCAUGCGCUGGUGUACGGGCCCGGCGGCUCGGCGCCCGGCUUCCAGCACGCCUCGCACCACGUCCAGGACUUCUUCCACCACGGCACCUCGGGCAUCUCCAACUCGGGCUACCAGCAGAACCCGUGCUCGCUGAGCUGCCACGGAGACGCCUCCAAAUUCUAUGGCUACGAGGCGCUCCCCAGACAGUCCCUUUAUGGGGCUCAGCAAGAGGCGAGCGUGGUGCAAUAUCCCGACUGUAAAUCCUCCGCCAACACUAACAGUAGCGAAGGACAAGGCCACUUAAAUCAAAACUCGUCUCCCAGCCUCAUGUUUCCAUGGAUGAGACCCCACGCUCCCGGGCGGCGCAGCGGAAGGCAAACUUACAGCCGGUAUCAGACCUUGGAACUAGAAAAGGAGUUUCUCUUUAAUCCUUAUUUGACACGAAAGCGCCGGAUUGAAGUCUCUCACGCCCUGGGACUGACUGAGAGACAAGUGAAGAUCUGGUUCCAAAACCGAAGGAUGAAGUGGAAAAAGGAGAACAACAAGGAUAAACUGCCCGGAGCCCGAGAUGAGGAGAAGGUGGAGGAAGAAGGAAACGAGGAAGAGGAGAAAGAAGAGGAGGAAAAGGAAGAAAACAAGGACUAA